CACUUUCUUCUCCGCCAUUUCCCACUGCCAUUGUUUUGUGCCAAGCAAAGUUCACAUCAGAAGAGGCCUGCCUAUGAACCUAUCCUUCGCCGACCACACAAAUCUCAAAAUAUCCCUUUCUUUUAUGGGUUUUUAAAUUAAUCAAUCAAUUAAUUAAUCACUUGCGAUAUACAUAUAUAUAUGUAAAUAUAUUUGCGUGCGUGCGCGCGUGUGUGCAAGUACAGAAACAACCGCCUCGUGUGUGAUCUGUAUUAGGGAUCUCCGACGGGGGACAAAACGGACUUAUCACUGAGCCAUCUCGUUUUCCUCAUUCGGUCAACUGUCGGAUAACCACCGACGCUAACCAGUGCGCUAGCUGUUGUUUACUUGGAAUGAGCUGAUCGGGUUGGGUUCUUGAAGACGAGGUGUAAUUAGGGUUUUCUGAAGAAGCUGAUAUGGAUCGGGCGGCGAUACCAGCGGUUCCAGGGAUGGAUAUGCCGAUCAUGCACGACAGCGAUCGGUACGAUUUCGUGCGGGAUAUCGGGUCGGGUAACUUCGGGAUUGCCCGAUUGAUGAGGGAUAAGCAGACGAAAGAGCUGGUUGCGGUUAAAUAUAUCGAGCGAGGAGACAAGAUAGAUGAAAAUGUUCAAAGGGAAAUUAUCAACCACAGGUCUUUGAGGCACCCUAAUAUUGUUCGGUUUAAAGAGGUGAUUCUGACGCCUACCCAUCUUGCCAUUUUAAUGGAGUAUGCAUCUGGCGGAGAACUAUUUGCGCGGAUAUGCAAUGCAGGGCGCUUCAGUGAGGAUGAGGCUCGUUUCUUUUUCCAGCAACUUAUAUCCGGAGUGAGCUACUGCCACUCGAUGCAAAUAUGUCACCGUGACUUAAAAUUGGAAAACACCUUGUUGGAUGGAAGCCCAGCUCCUCGGCUGAAGAUAUGUGAUUUUGGGUAUUCCAAGUCUUCCUUGCUGCAUUCACAACCAAAUUCUACAGUGGGAACUCCUGCAUAUAUUGCUCCGGAAGUCUUGCUCAGGAAGGAAUAUGAUGGCAAGAUUGCAGAUGUAUGGUCUUGUGGUGUGACUUUAUAUGUUAUGCUGGUUGGUGCAUAUCCCUUUGAAGAUCCUGCAGAACCCAAGGACUUCAGUAAGACGAUACAGAGAAUCUUAAAUGUUCAGUAUUCCAUUCCCGAAAAUAUUAAGAUCUCCGAGGAAUGUCAGCAUCUAAUAUCGAGGAUCUUUGUAGCCGACCCUGCACAACGCAUCACGAUGCCGGAAAUCAGGGACCAUGUCUGGUUUCUGAAGAACCUUCCGGCAGAUCUGAUGGAUGAAAACCCGACCGGCAACCAGUUCGAAGAGCCAGACCAGCCUAUGCAGAGCCUGGAAGUGAUCAUGCAGAUCAUUUCUGAAGCCACGAUUCCUCCUGCAGGGUUGUACGAUCUGGACUUGAUGGACGACGACAUGGAAGACUUGGAUUCUGAUCCCGAUCUGGAUGUUGACAGCAGCGGGGAGGUCAUUUAUGCUAUAUGAAGAAUCGGGGCGGCGCGACUACCGUCUUCGGAGUUUGGUAUGUGAAUCUUCCUGGUUUUAGUUGCUGCAGUUUCUGUAUCAUUCUGUUGAAGAGAUGGAGGUCGCACAAUCUGCUCGAUAUAUAUAUAUAUAUAUAUAUGCAUACACGUAAAUGGCAUCCGGCGCCUGUCUACUUAUUUCGAGAGCUGUAUGGUGGCGGCAUGCCGAACUUGUUGUUUCAUGUUUUUCGACGAAGAUGUUAUUUGUAUUGAAGCUAUAAAAGUCAUAUGGUGUUGGUAGUUAA